CAAAUAUAUACGUGCAAUCUUAGUUUCGUAUUACAUUUGCUUAUCAAAAUGUUAAAUAUCGCCUCGCCUAUGAGAAAUUUUAUUAAUUUACAGUUUAUUUGUGUGUAAAAUGAGGAAAAUAAUUUUACAUUUAUAUCGUCAAAGUUGAAAAUUAAGGAGCACAGGGGACAUGCGGUAAGCAGUUUUGCAGAAUGCCAUAACUGGAGGUCUUUCGUGGUUAUAGCCAGGAAGAGUGUUUCAGAAACUAGCUUUUAGUGAAUUGGCACAUUUGUACCUCUAAAUAAUAGAAAUCAUGAGGCAUUUAAGAGAAGAAGAGCUGUCAAAUUGAGAACACUAAUGCAUUGUCUAAUAGAAAAGACGAGGUAAAUUAUUUUCAAUUUAAUGUGAUUUAAAUAGAAAACUCUAGGCUAUUGUGGCUGAAAUGAACUUCAUGAAAUUCUGCUCGAAGGUUUUGCAUUUAAUGGCUGCAAAGAGUUUUCAAUAAUAAAUAAGCUUGAAAUGGAGUUUAAAAGCAAAAUUAAACUAUGUUUGAACAAACGGACAGCGGCGUUGAAGCAGUGAAAUAUUUUAGUAUUACAUUAGUACUGUGUUUUAGAUAGAGUAUAGUGCGAGCGGUGAAAAAUUCAUUCAAUAUGGGCUUUAACAAAAUGCAGAAACAGUUUAUUUUCCUGAUAGGGAUAUUUGUAUUUUUAACACUCCUAUUGAAUAUGAUACCGCUUUACCACGAGAACAAAUUAUUGAAUUCUAUGUCAGUGCCAUUCAAUGUAGUGCGGCAAAAUCACACGUAUUUAACUAGAAGUGUUGUAAAGAAAGCGGGAAGAGACAUUUGGAAAAUAAUUCCAGGACAGGACAGUAUUGUUGAACAAGUGGCUUUUAAUCCAAAAAUUAAUCCAGACCUUCCGCCAAAGAAGAUUUUAAUGUGGAAUGGAGUUUCAGGAUGGGGACAAAAAGAGGGGAAAGCGUCGUUUCAUGAACAUAAUUGUAAUGUGAAAAAUUGCGAAUUUGUGAGUUCUCCAAAGCCGAAUGAAAUCUAUGAUGCUAGAAUGUUUAAAGAAAUUGAUCUUAAUAGCCUUAUGGUCACAAGCAUGUUUCAGGACACUGUUCGAACUCCGGAGCAAGUUUGGAUUAUGUUCGCACUGGAAAGUCCCGAGGCUUCUCCAAACUAUGAAGGAUUAAAUAAUGUUAUAAAUUGGACCGCCACAUAUAGACAUCAGUCAACAAUAGUGACCCCAUACGAUAAAUGGGUGCCGUUUGAUAAUGCUUCUACUAUUCUUGCUCACACAAAGCCAAACGACUAUGCAAAAGGCAAAACAAAACUUGGAGCUAUUUUUGUUUCUAAUUGUGAUGCAUCAAAUAAUAGAUUGCAAUAUCUAAGGGAACUAAAGAAGUAUAUGACUGUGGAUAUAUACGGCUACUGUGGUGACAAAGAAUGUACUAAAACGUCACAAAAUUCGUGUUUUGAAAUGCUUAAAAAAGAUUACAAAUUCUAUUUUGCAUUUGAAAAUGCAAAUUGCAGAGACUACAUAACAGAAAAGUUCUUCAUGAAUGCUCUCCGCCAUGAUGUACUUCCUGUGGUGAUGGGAGCGCAUCCUGACGAUUAUAAACGCAUGGCUCCCCCAGGAUCUUAUAUACAUGUAGAAGACUUCAAAGGUCCCGAAGAACUUGCAAAUUAUUUAUUGAAGCUGGCAGCAGACGAUACCGAAUAUAAUAAAUACUUCCGUUGGAAAGAAACAGGGUCAUUUAUUGAUACCAAAUUUUGGUGCCGUAUUUGCUCAAUGCUAUGGGAUCCAAAUCGACCAAGACUUUCAGUUUCUAAUUUAAAUGAGUGGUGGAGAGGAGAUGGUACGUGCAUUGGUACCAGGAGAUGGGACAGUGUUGGUAACACGUAAUGUUUGAAAUCCAUCUUUAUUCGGUGCUCGUCAAUAAAAACAAAUAAAAAGUGCUCAUCUAAUAAGUAUUGGAUUAGUAUCAAAUGAAGAAUAAUAAAGAAAAGAAAAAUUAUGAAAAGAACAGAUUACGUUCUUGCACAUUCAAAUGAAAUUUUCUUCUUCAUAUUUUUAUGUAUCAAUUUUUUAAGGUUGUGGUUUAUUAAAACGUUGUUUUCCAGACACCAGCUUGAUAAUUGUGAUUUCUUUAUUUUAUUGAAUUUUUGCAUAUUGCAAUUUGAUUAUUUCUUAAAACAUUUUCUUCAUGAUGAUAAUGUAUAUUCAUAAUAGACAAUUUACGUGCCUUACUGAUGUUUUAUAAUUCAUAUCAAAACGUAGAUAGUAAUAAUUAUCUCAUAAAUUAAUGGUUGAUGAUUUUCUAAUUUUAUCAUAUUCCACGGUUUUUACUUUCAUUUCAUGUGUUCAAACCAAUAUGAUUUAUUUUAAAGUUUUUUUCAUAUAGUAUUGUCUUUCAAAGAUAAAUCAACAGAUUUAUGUUUGUAAAAUAUAAAAUUGUAUUUGUUUAGUCAUACUUAUAUAAAUUUACAUGGAUAUAUUUGUCUAUACUUAGUAAUUCAGAAUGUAAUUCCAUUUAGGAAUUGUUCUGUUAUUAUCUUUUCUUAAAGUAAAGCUUGAAUUCAUUUAUAUACAAAUUAUGCAAUUUUUAAUAAUCUUUGUUUAUUUGUUUAAAUAAGAUUUUCUUGUUAUCACACGUUUAUUUUUUACACAACUAACAUAAUAAAUUUUUCUGUCAAGUCUUUAAAUAGUACCUUCACAUCAAUUGUCUUCGGAUUAUUAUGCCCUCAGCCCUAAGCCAUAAUAAUGUCAAGAUUUUUGUUCGUGCAUGCUUGUGUGUGUGUGUGUGUGUGUGUGCGUGU